AUGGAUCUGGAUAUUGAGAUGGACGACGCUGUCGAGACCGUCCACGACGCACCCAUUGCUGAUCUCGGUCGCGAUGAUAUUCUUCAACCCGACGAACCAGAAGAACCUGGCGAGGUUGCCGAAGACGAGCCUGCGAUAGAAGAUUCCAAAACACUCAUUCCCACAAAGAUUCACAUCAAAGGUGUCGAUUCUCUACACACAUCGGACAUCAAGGCUUAUGUAAAGGCUCACUUUGGUGACGUUGACAGGGUUGAGUGGAUCGACGAUUCCUCCGCCAAUCUUCUCUUCCCAUCAGAACCUACGGCGCGCGAUGCGCUUGUUGCCCUGAGUUCUGUUCCCGUAGCAGACGCUACUGCAUUGGCCAUUGGGGAGACUUUGCCCGCAAAGCCUCUGGAAGGAAAGCCAGAAACUUCUCUCCAGGUGCGAUUCGCCGUUUCAAGUGACAAGAAGGAGGCCGGCGCUGCAUUGCGAAGUCGCUACUACCUCCUUCACCCCGAGCACGAUCCCGAAGAGCGACGACGGAGGAACCAGGACAAUCGGACGAGAUACAGGGAGCGGGAUAGUGGCUAUCGUCGAGAUGACGGUGGUCGACGUCGACGCGCCUCGGACGACGAUGUUGAGACAUUCGAGGCCAGCAUGUACGACGAUGCGCCACGCCCAUCACGGAGAAGACGUGAUUCCGACACAGAAGAACGACCUCAUUCAUUUGCUCGCGAGAAUCAAGGCAAAGAGUUGUUCUCGGGUCGAAGACCACAACGCGAUCGAUCUGCAUCCCCCAGGCGCGACGGCGACGGUGACGAUUUGAUGAGUGAGCGGGCUAGUUCGUCCGGGAACAGGGCGAGAGCUCGCGACCUUAAGGAUCGCAUAUCAGGUGGUGGCAAUUCCAAGGAAUUGUUCCCGACUAGGAAGUCAAUCAAGCAGUUUGGUGGAGGAAAUCUAGAUACCCUUGAACGGGCCAUAGGAUCAGCCCAUCUCAGGGACGAGGAUCGACCCAAGAUUGUAUCUGUACCUGAAAAACGAGGGAGCGGCAGUUCGUUCAACAUACGUGGCAUGGCCAAGCAACAGGGUGGCGGGGAGGGUUUUGCGAUUAAGGGUGCCGCAGCCGCUAACGCCAGAGAACUUUUCCCUACUAAGCUGGGAGCAAAUAAUGCUGGAAAGGAGCUGUUUGGAGAGGGAGGAAGAUCGAAGCAGCGACAGAAGGCCGAGGAUCUAUUCUCAUGA